AUGUCAAGCGCAUCAUCACACAAUCAACGAACAAAUGAUGAUACUAACGGACAAUCAUCGGCAAGAUCAUCUAGUACACAACAAUCAUCAAGACCAUCACAUCCCAAUAGUAAUUACAAUAAUGGAUCUCAAAAUAUGAAUAAUGGGUCUGAUUACUCUGAUCUUUUUUCAAGAAGAGACGACAGGCGACCAGUAGCUGCUUCGAAUGAAUUUAGAGAUCGUGGUAGAGAAAGGACAAGUAAUGGGCCUACAGAUGAUGGAAAUAAAAGAAAAUUUAAUGAUGAUGGUGAUAAUGCAUUUGGAUCUCGUCGUCCAAAGCAACCAAGAAGUGAUAGAACACAAGAAUAUCCUCAACAACCUAGGUAUAAUCGAGAUCAACAAGAUUGGAAUCCUAGAGAUCAACAUUAUCCACAACAACCAAGAAGUAACAAUAGAUUUCCACAAUAUCCUCAACAACCUAGAUCCUCAUAUCAUCCACAAUCUUCCUACUCACAGCAACCACCUAGACCGAGGGAUCGAUAUGAAGGAAAUAUUGCACGAAGUAGAGAUCAUCAACAAUAUCAAUCACCAAGGGUAGAGCGUUAUUCACCCCAUAACCAAAGAGAAUCAGGCUCUUCGACAUCACAUAAUGAAUCAACCACAACUCAACCUAAAGCUCCAGUAACGAAAGAAUCUAUUGAAUCAUCUAUUAAAAAAUUAGAAGAAAAUUUAUCCAAGCUUGAAGAUGUUCAAAGUAUUGAUGAAAUUAAAGUUAUUGAUUCCAGAUGGGGAGUUAAACCAAAAGGAUUCGAACAAGUCAGUGCACCAAGAGCAAAAUUAUCUGGAUUAUUCCCUUUACCAGGAUAUCCAAGACCUGUCGAUUUUACCAAAUUGGAAGGAUUGGUUAAAGACAGAUUACUGAAUACUAAUGAUAUAUUAAAUGAAACUUCAAAAAUCGAUCCUUGUGAUUCACGAGCCGCAAAGACUUUAAUUAUAUGUAAUAUUGAAGAAAUCAAUUAUUUAAAAAUUGUUGAAUUUUUUAAUGAUUAUUUGAAAAUGAUUGAUUUUGAACAAAGUUCAAGUAAUAACAUCCAUAAUAAAAAAAAAUUAAAAGAUGAUAAAACUUUAAUUAUAGAGUUUAAUAAUAAUGAAUGUGCAACCAUUAUAAAUUCAUUAAAUGGUACUGAUUUAUUAUUCAAUGCUUAUAAGAAUGAUGAUAUACCGAGAAAGGAAAUUAAUGAUAAAUAUAAAUUACAAAUUUUAAGACCUCGAGAAUAUGUUGUACAGGAUGAGCCCACUGAGUCUGAUGAAAUAAAUGAAGUUGUUAAAGAUAGUCCAAGAAAAAUAUCAGUUUUAAUCACUCCAAACAUUACAAAUGAUCAAGCUUUGGAAGAAUUUGAAAAGAUCGCACCACUUCAGGGUUUUCAUUAUUAUAGACAAAAGGGUACAAAAGAACCAUUAGGAUUAGUUGAAAUCGAAUUUAAAGAACAAUUACCAAAUAUUAUCGACUUAUUAAAAAACAUUUCAUUUGUUAAUGAUGCUUUUUAUGCUUGUGUGAAUCCUGAUACUCCAAUUCAAAAAGGUCCAAUCAAUCACAAUACUCUUCUCAAACUUGUUAAAAAUGAAAUAGUUCAACCACGUAAAAGUUCAAAUGUAAUUCAAUUAAUAAAUGUUGUUUCUUCAAAAGAUUUAAUUGAUGAUUCAAAUUUUAAAUUUAUUAAUGAAGAUAUAAAGUUAGAAGCAAAAAAGUUUGGUAAUAUAAAAUCGAUGAAAAUUCCAAGACCUGCUAAUGAUUUUACUCCAGGUUUACAACAAUUUGAUGUACCUGGAUUAGGUAAAAUAUUUAUUGAAUUUGAAGAUGUAGAAACUGCUUUAAAAGCUAUUAUGGAAUUAUCAGGUAGAUCUUAUAAUGAUAGAAUAGUACUUGCAUCUUAUUUUGAUGAACAAGACUAUAAAAUGGGGUUAUUUUGA